AGACCCCAGAACACAGUUGGAUUCCAGGGUCUGGAACUGACUCACUGUAGCCAAUCAGAAUCCAGGAACGCUAGGUCCCACCACUUUCCUUGUGAAGCAAUAGAUAACCCAGGAUUGCUGGGUGGCCCAGGUGGUAACAGUGUGUUUGCUUGUGGCCCUGAGACCCCUUGAGGCUCAGUGGGGUGGCCCUGUUACUCAGUCCCGCAAGUGGGCGGCCAGUGGAGGGAUGGGGACCACGCUCCCCUCCGCCUCCAGGGAGGCCACCCGGUGUGCAUCCUUGUCAGAGCAGGUUUCUGCGAGCCCGUGAAUGAGCCAGACACCAGCUAUCGGCCCUUGGCGCCCGGUGUGAGAAGGGCCCUAGCUGUCCGCCACGGGCAUGCCCUGCCAGCCUUCAGCCUGAGCCGGCGGCCCCCGCCCCCGCGCCCCGCCACCCUGCACUGCCCCGGCUCCCCCGAGACCCCCACGCUGCAGUGUGGCCGGGCUCCCUCCCCGCAGGGGCCGCCCCCGCCACCUGCCCCAGCUGUCCGGGGUGGCGGCCCAGCCCGCAGAGCCAUGAAGCUGCAGGCGGUGAUGGAGACCCUGUUGCAACGGCAGCAACGUGCACACCAGGAGCUGGAGGCCCGGCAGCAGCCGCCAGCGCCCGAGACCCCUACCCCGGGAUCCACAGGCCGAGUACGGGCCGCCCCUGAUGAGGACAGAGAGCCUGACAGUGCCCGCAUGCAGCGGGCACAGAUGGCCGCGCUGGCUGCCAUGAGGGCUGCCGCCGCGGGCCUUGGACACCCUCCCAGCCCUGGUGGCGGCUCUGAGGAUGGUCCUCCUGGCUCGGAGGACGAGGACAUGGACCAGGAGGGGGCUCCCAGCUCACCUGGCCGAGGCAAGGAGGGGCUGGGACACUUGGAAGGAGAUGGACACUUUGAGGACAUGGGCUCCGAUGAUGACAUGAAGCAAAAGUGGGAGGAGGAGGAGGAGCUCGAGGAGGACAUGGGGGACGAGGACGAGGACGAGGAGGAGGAAGAGGACUUCGAGGAGGAGGAAGAGGAGGAGGAGGAAGAGGGGCUGGGCCCCCCAGGACCCCCAGGCCUGGGCUCUGCAGGCCUCUUCCCCCGCAAGGCCCCGCCAGCCCAGGCCUUCCGCGGAGAUGGCGUCCCCAGGGCGCUAGGUGGCCCUGAGCGGCCGGGACCUGGCCCUGUGCACCCUGGAGGGGCCGCCCACGUAGCCCCCCAGCUGCAGCCGCCCGACCAUGGGGACUGGACGUACGAGGAGCAGUUCAAGCAGCUCUACGAACUCGACGGGGACCCGAAGAGGAAGGAGUUCCUGGACGACCUGUUCAGCUUCAUGCAGAAGCGAGGCACACCGGUGAACCGCAUUCCCAUCAUGGCCAAGCAGGUGCUCGACCUGUUCAUGCUGUACGUGCUGGUGACGGAGAAGGGCGGCCUGGUGGAGGUCAUCAACAAGAAGCUGUGGCGGGAGAUCACCAAGGGCCUCAACCUGCCCACCUCCAUCACCAGUGCUGCCUUCACGCUUCGGACCCAGUACAUGAAGUACUUGUAUCCCUAUGAGUGUGAGCGGCGUGGCCUCAGCAGCCCCAACGAGCUCCAGGCUGCUAUCGACAGCAACCGCCGGGAAGGUCGGCGCCAGAGCUUCGGCGGCUCCCUCUUCUCCUAUUCACCAGGUGGUGCCCACAGCAUGCUGUCCUCGCCCAAGCUGCCCGUCCAGUCCCUGGGCCUGGCCGCCAGCACCAACGGCAGCUCCAUCACCCCGGCCCCCAAGGUCAAGAAAGAGGAGGACUCGGCCAUCCCCAUCACGGUCCCCGGCCGCCUGCCUGUGUCCCUGGCAGGCCACCCUGUGGUGGCAGCCCAGGCAGCAGUGCAAGCAGCAGCAGCCCAGGCGGCUGUGGCAGCGCAGGCGGCGGCCCUGGAGCACAUCCGGGAGAAGCUGGAGUCUGGGGAGCCCCCGGAGAAGAAGAUGGUUCUGGUCGCGGAUGAGCAGCAGCGGCUCCUGCACCGGGCUCUGCAGCAGAACUUACUGGCCAUGACCGCCCAGCUGCCCAUGAGCAUCCGGAUUAACAGCCAAGCCUCUGAGAGCCGGCAGGACUCAGCCGUCAGCCUCGCUGGCACCAAUGGCAGCAACAGUAUUAGCAUGUCCGUGGAGCUCAACGGCAUCAUGUACACAGGGGUCCUAUUUGCUCAGCCGCCGGCCCCCGCGCCACCCUCAGCACCCAGCAAAGGCGGUGGUGGCGGCAGCAGCAGUAGCAGCAGCAGCAGCAGCAGCAGCAGCAACUCAGGUGGCCGGGGAGGACCCACGGGGACCAGCUCGGGCAGCCAGGCGGGUGCAGCAGGGCUGGCAGCACCGCCUACAUCUUCUACCUCAAAUAACUCGUUGCCUUAACUGUGUGGCUCCCUGCCUGCCCGCUGCCCCCCCCCCCGCCCCCAGGAGCUGACAGUGCCUGGGGCUGGGGUCCAGGAAGGCGGAAGCAACAGGCGGGAAGAGCAGAGCUUCACCACAAUAUCACAUUGACGCCAAAAAGGAAAGAGAAAGAGAAUAUAUAUAUAUAUACAUAUAUACAUAUAUAUAAAGCAAAUCUAAUAAAACAGGGGAAAACCAAGGAACACUUGAAUUUCUCAGGUUGUGGACAUUCAGAGAUGGAUUAUGAGGACCGUGAAAAGAUCCUAAAGGACAGCCAUGCCGCUGGAGCCCCUGGAGACUUUCUCUGCUCCUGGGCAGGUGGCUGUGGCUGUGGUGUUUGGCACGGAGCAGCUGCAAUGUCAGAGCCAACCCUCUUUACCUCAUACAUCCCUGCACUGUGUGUUAGCAAUUUUGUCUGUUUUUUAUUCUCACUUUUUAUUUUUAUCUGUGACACAUUCAUCACACCCAGCUCCUUGUGUUGAAUGAAACCCCUGAGCCAAGAU